AUGGCCGAAACCGAAAAACCCGAGGCCAGAUUCGAUGGCCUCGGCAUCUUCUGGAUCGUCUGGACCUUCAUCUGGACAUUCAUCGUCGCGGGCGGCAUGGUCUUCCUCUGGAGACGUCGCGACAUGCCCAUGCUUCGAAUCCGCGACCUCCCGCUUUCCUUCGCCGCUAUUAUCCUUCUUCACAUCUACUGGGGAGCCAUCCAGACCGGAUACGUAUACUUCCCGCUGUUCACGCCCGAGGGCGAGUUCUGGAUCAUGAGCCUGUACUUCCCCUUUGGCAUCGCACUGUUCCACGCCUCCAACAGCCGUUUCCUGCAUGUCGCGAAGCAGCAGAAGGAACUGUUUGCUUCGGAUGAGAAGGCGCCGUCCAAGAGUCGUGUUAGACCUGGGUCGUUGCUUGGUCGCUUUAAGGCGCUUGAUUACUCCAAGAAGAUUCUUGUUACGGUUGGACUGGGAAUGGUGGUCCAGUUCAUCCUCACCAUCAUCAUGUGGUGCUUAUCUAAGAAGUUCCAUCCCUCCUGGGGUGUUGCCGGCACGGAAGUCCAUCCUGGCUCCGAGGAGUACCGAAAGUCUCAGGUCGGAAAGGGCUGGGAAUGGUAA